GUAUUGCAAGCAUUUGAACAUUUUCUGAAAAAUAGAAAAGAUAGAGGGAGGCCCCACUCAGCCCCAGAAACAAAAUAGCAUUGCUGAAAUGAAGAAUUGUGAUGAAUGGAAACCUUUCCUAGUAAUGAUAGCAAUAGAUUUUUCUUUAACCAUGGUGAACAUUCUGCUUAAGAAAGUCCUUCAAGAAGGAAUGAACCAUUUGGUUUUUAUCACAUAUCGUCUGUCAGUUGCUACUAUAUUUUUGGCCCCCAUCGGCUACUUUAAGGAGAGAAAUGGAAGACCACGGCUCACAUUGCAAAUUUUAUGCUACCUUUUCUUCAGUGCCAUUAUUGGGGCAUCCGUCACACAAUACUUCUUCCUUCUGGGGAUCCAAUACACCUCAGCUACCUUUGCUUGUGCCUUUGUUAAUAUGGUCCCGGUGAUCACAUUCAUUAUGGCAUUACCAUUUGGAUUAGAAACUGUGAACAUUAAAUGCAAAGGUGGGAAAGCGAAGAUUCUUGGUACAUUUGUGUGCAUAGGAGGGGCAUUGUUGUUGACACUUUACAAAGGAAAGGCCUUGUUUGAUGGCUCUCACCAUCAAUCUGCAGUAGCCAUGAGAUCUGCAAUGGACCAAGCUUCUUCUACUACUAGAACAACACAGAAAUGGACCAUUGGUGUAAUAGCUUUGAUUAUGGGAACCCUUUUUUGGUCUUUUUGGUUUAUUUUACAGUCAAAGAUAGGGAAGAGAUAUCCUUGCCAGUAUUCUAGCACAGCCAUCAUGACCUUCUUUGGAGCCAUGCAAGCAGCUAUUCUUGGUUUCUCCACUGGCAGCAGCAACUUGUCCUCGUGGGUUCUCAAGGAUAAGAUACAAAUAAUCACCGUUCUUUAUUCAGGGAUAGUUGGGUCAAGUGUGUGCUAUGUGGGCAUGUCAUGGUGCGUAAAGAAGAGGGGUCCGGUCUUUACCGCUGCAUUCAGCCCUCUUGUUCAGAUAAUGUCCGGCAUGAUUGAUAUCCCCUUCUUGCACGAGCAGCUUCAUCUUGGAAGUGUGGUGGGAUCCAUGUUGGUGAUGAUCGGGUUGUACAUUCUUCUCUGGGGCAAAAGCAAAGAUAUGAUGCAGAAUAAUGGCGCUACUAAGUUCGCUCAAGAAGUUGAAGAAACCAAAGAACAAGAGCCACAAGUAUAACGUAGUGUUGCUGUCUCUUUGUACGCUGUCACUCAAAUCCUGUGGCACUAACUUAUGUUUAUCAGUUUUCAUGAUAAUUUCACGCACGUUUCGAUCUCUUGC